GCUUCAACUGGUCGACAUGUUAAUUUCUCAGGUGAUACAGAAAUCAAUUCUUCUUCUAUAUACGAUGAUAAUAAUCCACGACGAUCAACGUAUAAUUCAAGUGUACGAUCAGUAGAACAUAGUAAGUUGGGGCGGGGGUUGGGUUGUUUUGAAUUAUUUGAAGUGAUUUAUGGGGAAAUUAAUGUGCGUUAG